AUGGCCUUUGUAUUGUCCCUCAGAGGUACCUCCUUGUACCCAGCUGUAAAGCAAAUCUAGAUCCUCACAGCUGCUAAUCCUGCUCACAAUGGCCGUGUGUGCAGCACAUGGGGCAACUUCCACUUCAAGACCUUCGAUGGGGACAUAUUCACCUUCCCUGGGCUCUGUAAUUACGUUUUUGCCUCCCACUGCAACGCUCCCUAUGAGGAUUUCAACAUCCAGAUUAGGCGUGAAGUGGUGGCAAACAUUCCGACAAUCAACCGCAUCACCAUGAAACUCGAAGGUGUCGUUGCCGAACUAACAAAAGAUGCUGUCCUGGUCGAUGGCAACAGAGUUCAACUGCCAUAUAGUCAAUCUGGUAUUACAAUAGAGAAGAGCAGCAUUUAUGUGAAAGUUGGCAGCAAAAUCGGUGCUGUGUUAUUGUGGAAUGAAAAGGACAGCAUUCUGCUGGAAUUGAAUGAGAAAUAUGCCAAUCAGACUUGUGGACUUUGUGGUGACUUCAACGGCUUUCCCAUAUACAAUGAGUUCAUUUCAAACAAUAUUAAGAUGACAGCCUUGCAGUUUGGGAACAUGCAGAAAAUGGAUGGGCCAACAGAACACUGUGAAGACUCCACUUCUACCCCAACAUAUAACUGCUCUGAUAAUCUUGAUGACAUAUGCGAGAAAACUUUGACCAGCUCUGCAUUUGCAGAGUGUAAUGACCUAGUUGAUGUUAAAGAUUACAUUAAGACCUGCCAAGAUGACUUGUGCCGCUCUGCAGAAUCUAAAAACAGCUCAUGCAUCUGUGACACCUUUGCUGAGUACUCCCGGCAGUGUGCUCAUGCUGGUGGGCAGCCCCUGGACUGGAGAACUUCAAAACUGUGCCCCAAGAAGUGUCCUUACAACAUGCAGUACCAGGAGUGCAACUCCCCCUGUGCUGAUACGUGCACGAAUCCUGAACGAUCUCUGUUUUGUGAAGAACACUGUAUUGAUGGCUGUUUCUGCCCCCCAGGGUCUGUAUUUGAUGACAUCAACAAUUCUGGCUGCAUUCCCCAGCAGGAGUGCUCCUGUAUUUACAAUGGCAAAACCUAUGCUACAGGAGCUUCUUUUUCAGAGCCAUGCCAGACCUGUACCUGUAAUGGAGGCCAGUGGAGCUGCCAAGAUAAGUCCUGCCCAGGAACAUGCUCUGCAGUGGGAGGUUCCCACAUUUCCACAUAUGAUAAGAAGUACUAUGAUCACCACGGAGACUGCACCUAUGUCCUCUCUAAGGACUGUAAAGAUGAGAAAUUUACCAUCCUGGCAGAACUACGCAAGUGUGGCCUAACUGACACUGAGACCUGCCUAAAGUCAGUGACCCUCAACAUGAAUAAAGGACAAACUAUCGUGGAUGUCAAACCUGAUGGGGGUGUGUUUGUGAACUCCAUCUACACCCAGCUGCCCAUGUCAGCAGCUAAUGUCACCAUGUUCAGACCUUCCUCAUUCUUCAUGAUCAUGGACACAAGCUUUGGCGUCCAGGUUGAAGUGCAGUUCACACCCAUGAUGCAAGUGUUUGUGCGUCUGGAUGCUUCUUUCAAAAACCAGACUUGUGGUCUCUGUGGAAAUUUCAAUAACAUCCAAACCGAUGACUUCAAGGUCAUAAGUGGAAUAAUUGAAGGAACAGCAUCAGCGUUUGCCAAUACGUGGAAAACUCAGGCUUCAUGCCCUAAUAUCCAGCAGAGUUUUGAGAAUCCUUGUGCACUCAGCAUUGAUAAUGAAAAAUACGCUCAGCAUUGGUGUGGACUACUCACUGACAGCACAGGACCUUUUGCUGCUUGUCACUAUGCAGUGAAUCCCGCUGUUUACCACACGAACUGCAUGUUUGACACAUGUAACUGUGAAAAUAGUGAGGACUGUUUGUGUGCAGCUCUGUCUGCCUAUGUGAGAGCUUGUGCUGCAAAAGGAAUCCAGCUGCAGGGAUGGAGGACUGAUGUCUGCACAAAAUACACCACCUCAUGUCCCAAAUCCCUGAGCUACAGCUAUACCAUCUCUUCCUGUCAACCCACCUGCCGCUCUCUGAGUGAGCCUGAUGUCACAUGCAACAUUAAGUUUGUACCAGUUGAUGGCUGCACCUGUGUAAAUGGAACCUACAUGGAUGAGAGUGGCAAAUGUGUGCCUGCUAAUGAAUGCCCCUGCUACUACAAAGGAUCUCCUAUACCAUUUGGAGAAGUGGUCCGUGAAAAUGGGCGUGUAUGCACUUGUGUCCAGGGAAGACUGAAUUGCAUUGGAGCACCAAAUCCAACUUCAGUCUGUGAAUCUCCCAUGGUCUACUUUGACUGUACAAACAACACGGCAGGAACAACUGGAGCAGAAUGUCAAAAAAGUUGCCAGACUCUGGAUAUGCAAUGUUAUACCUCACAAUGUACAUCUGGUUGCAUAUGCCCAGAUGGACUUGUGUUAGAUGGGAAUGGGGGUUGUAUUCCUGAAGAGGACUGUCCAUGUAUUCACAACGAAGCCAUGUAUCAGCCUGGGGAAACAAUCAUCUUUGACUGUAACACCUGUGUAUGCAAGAAUAGGAAGUGGGAAUGUACCAAAGAUCAAUGUCGGGGCACUUGUGCUGUUUAUGGAGAUGGUCAUUAUAAUACCUUUGAUGACAAAAGGUUCAGUUUCAAUGGAAACUGUGAAUACACACUAGUCCAGGACCACUGUGGGAAAAGUGGCUCAAUCAAUGGGACCUUCAGGGUUGCCACUGAAAAUGUUCCCUGUGGCAACACUGGGACAACUUGCUCAAAAUCUAUCAAAGUUUUCUUAGAGAGCUAUGAACUGAUCCUUGGUGAAGAGCGUGUCAGCAUCGUAAAGAGAGGACAGAGUGACGAGAUGCCAUACACAGUCCGCUCUAUGGGGAUGUACCUGGUAAUUGAGACCAAAAGUGGACUGAUCCUCAUGUGGGACAAGAAAACCAGCAUCUUCAUCAAGCUCAGCCCUGGUUUCAAGGGCCAGGUCUGUGGUCUCUGUGGAAAUUAUGAUGGUAACAGCAUCAAUGACUUCACUACAAGGAGUCAAUCUGUAGUAGAGAAUGUCCUAGAGUUUGGAAACAGCUGGAAAGCAUCCUCUACAUGCCCUGAUGCUGCCAGUGUCAAGGACCCAUGUUCUACCAACCCUUAUCGGAAGUCCUGGUCAGAGAAGCAGUGUAGCAUCAUCAACAGCAAUGUCUUUGCUGCCUGUCACUCUCAGGUUGAACCAGCAAAAUAUUACCAAGCAUGUGUGACAGAUGCUUGUGCCUGUGACACUGGAGGAGACUGUGAUUGCUUUUGUACAGCAGUAGCUGCCUAUGCUCAAGCAUGUAGUGAAGCUGGUAUAUGCAUAGCCUGGAGAAGCCCAACAAUUUGUCCACUGUUCUGUGAUUACUACAAUCAGCAAGGGGAAUGUGAAUGGCACUAUAAGCCUUGUGGCGCUUCCUGUAUGAAGACCUGUAAGAACCCAAGUGGAAAAUGCCUCAAUGACCUGCCAGGUUUAGAAGGUUGCUACCCUAACUGCCCACCAGACAAGCCAUAUUUUCAUGAGGAUCAGAUGAAGUGUGUUAGUCUCUGUGACUGUUAUGAUGAUGAAGAUGGAAAGAUACAUAAGUGGGAUGAAUGUAAUAUAUGUGAAUGCACAUCAGAAGGUUUACAGUGCAAGUUUGAUGAUAAAGCCUGCAACUGCAUUUAUGAAGGGAAUAGCUAUAAAUAUGGUGAACUCAUCUACAACACCACAGAUGGAACUGGAUGGUGCUUCAGUGCAACAUGUGAUGUCAAUGGAACAAUAAGCAGAAACAUCUUUAAAUGUGGCAUUUUUACAACAACCCCAUUUACAUUUUCCACAAGUCAGCCCACAACUACUGCUUCAGAAAUGACAAUUGCAACACCAGUGACAACUGUAUGUGUGAAAAAUGUCUGUGUGUGGUCAGAAUGGUAUGAUUCCACUCAGCCUGAAAACAAAGAGGACAGUGGAGAUUAUGAAACAUAUCAAAAUCUCAAGGAUAAAGGAUAUAGUGUGUGUACAAACCCAAGCAAUGUUCAAUGCAGAGCCAAAGAAUACCCAGAUAGUGAAAUUACCAACCUUAACCAAACAAUAGAGUGUAGUCAAAGCAGAGGAUUAAUAUGCAAUAACCAGGACCAAGAAUUUAAGCAGUGCUAUAAUUAUGAAAUCAGAAUAUCAUGCUGCAGAUACAUACCAUGUUCAGAAACACAAACUACAACACCAACAACCACAAGAGAAUUCACAACCAUUGCUGUAGAAUCAACACCAUUUAUAGUACAGACAACAAUAAUACCAACAACACAAAACCAAGAAAGUGAAGUAACUACAACACCACUGAGAGACCAAGAAAGAACAACAACUCUGACUGAAACACCAGUAACAGCAACAACAUCACAAGUCUCAACAAAAGGUUACCAAAUCACAACAAGUAUAGCAGAAACCUCCACUGCAGUAACCCAAGCUCCAUCAUCACCCAAUACCAUCUCCACUCUCCCAGAAUCAACACUAGGAACAACACUGGGCACAACGAUAAUCUCCAGUACUACUGCCCUGCCAACGCAAGGCAUGACUGUCACUACACCGAGACCAAGAGUGCCUACCCAAGCUACCACCAGUGCCAGCACCUCCACAACCACCAGGGAAAGCACCAUUACAUCUACAGAAGAAACUCUUCCAACUGUAUUAUCAACUGUUGCUAUUCAAACAACAUCAACUAUUACAGCCCCCACCCUGGAAGUAAAAUUAAGAACCACCGCAGGCACCACAGCUGCCCCCAGCACCACAGCCUCAGCCAGAGAGGGCACAACCCCCAACGCUACCACCAUCAGCACCUCUUCCCCUCAGACUGAAGGCACUACCACCAUCACCCCACCCAUAACAACAGUGCCCACUCCUGCCACCAGCACUGCCAACACCUCCAGGACAACUGAAGGAAGUACCACAAGAGAUUCAGCCACCAUUGCUCCAAGAGAAAAAUCCACAGUGGCAACCCAGGCUUCAACAUCUCCCACAGCUCCCUCUGAAGUUAAAAUAAGAACCACCACAGGCACCACGGCCAGCCCCAGUACCACGGCCUCAGCCAGAGAGCGCACAACCAUCAUCACUACCACCACCAGCACCUCUCCCUCUCAGACUGAAGGCACUACCACCAUCACCCCACCCACAAGAACAGCGUCCAGCCAAGCCAUCAGUACCGCAAGCACCUACACAACCACCAGUGAAAGCAGCAAAAUAUCUACAGAAAAAACUCUCCCAACUGCAUUAUCCACUGUUGCUAUUCAGACAACUUCAACUAUUACUGCAUCUUCCCCUGAAGUAAAAUUAAGAACCACCGCAGGCAUCACGGCCAGCCCCAGUACCACCAUCUCAGCCAGAGUGCACACAACCCCCAACGCUACCACCACCAGCACCUCUCCUCCUCAGACUGAAGGCACUACCACCAUCACCCCACCCACAUCAACAGUGCCCACGCCAGCCACCACCACUAUACGCAUCUUCAAUACCACAGACAACUGUGUGGUGGAGCACUGUGCCUGGACACAGUGGUUUAAUGUGGACUCCCCUACUCCAGGCAGCGAAAAUGGAGAUUUAGAGACAUUUGAAAACAUCCGAGCUGCUGGGCAUGAGUUGUGUGACAAGCCACAAGACAUCAAGUGCCGAGCUAAAGACUACCCUGACCGAAUUGUGAAAAUAAUGGGACAGAUAUUUGACUGUAGUCUUGACAGGGGGCUUGUGUGCCGAAAUAAGGAUCAGACUCUCAAGUACCCCACAUGCUUUGACUAUGAGGUCUCAGUGCUGUGCUGUGCCCAAAAACACUGCCAGACAACAGUACCACUACCAGGAACCACUGUAAGAACCUCCACAACAUACUUCCCAGCAGAAACAACCACAACAGCAACACAACCUGCAGCAACACCUGCUGUCCCCACACUUCCACAGCAAGAAAUAACAACCACCGUAGGAACAACAAGUACCCUCUCAACACAAGGAACGACCAUUGUCACCCCAGGAUACACAGAGACUAUAAAAAUAAAAACCACCAUUGACACUACAGCUGUCCCCAGUACCACGGCCUCAGCCAGAGAGGGCACAACCCCCAUCACUACCACCAUCACCACCUCUCCUCCUCAGACUGAAGGCACUACCACCAUCACCCCACCCACAACAACAGUGCCCACUCCUGCCACCAGCACCGCCAGCACCUCCAGGACAACUGCAGGAGGCACCACAAGAACUUCAGCCACCUCAGCUCCAGGAGAAACAUCCAUGGUGGCAACCCAGGCUUCAACAUCUCCCACAGCUCCCUCUGAAGUUAAAAUAAGAACCACCACAGCCGGCCCCAGUACCACGGCCUCAGCCAGAGAGGGCACAACCCCCAACGCUACCACCAUCAGCACUUCUCCACCUCAGACUGAAAGCACAACCAUCAUCAUCCCAAAAACAGGAGUGCCCACGACAGCCACAAGCACUGCAAGCACCUCCACAACCAUCAGCGAACGCGCCACAAUAUCUACAGAAAAAACUCUCCAAACUGUAUUAUCCACUGUGGCUAUUCAGACAACUUCAACUAUUACAGCCCCCACCCUGGAAGUAAAAUUAAGAACCACCGCAGGCACCACAGCUGCCCCCAGCACCACAGCCUCAGCCAGAGAGGGCACAACCCCCAACGCUACCACCAUCAGCACCUCUUCCCCUCAGACUGAAGGCACUACCACCAUCACCCCACCCAUAACAACAGUGCCCACUCCUGCCACCAACACUGCCAACACCUCCAGGACAACUGAAGGAAGUACCACAAGAGAUUCAGCCACCAUUGCUCCAGGAGAAAAAUCCACAGUGGCAACCCAGGCUUCAACAUCUCCCACAGCUCCCUCUGAAGUUAAAAUAAGAACCACCACAGGCACCACGGCCAGCCCCAGUACCACGGCCUCAGCCAGAGAGCGCACAACCAUCAUCACUACCACCACCAGCACCUCUCCCUCUCAGACUGAAGGCACUACCACCAUCACCCCACCCACAAGAACAGCGUCCAGCCAAGCCAUCAGUACCGCAAGCACCUACACAACCACCAGUGAAAGCAGCAAAAUAUCUACAGAAAAAACUCUCCCAACUGCAUUAUCCACUGUUGCUAUUCAGACAACUUCAACUAUUACUGCAUCUUCCCCUGAAGUAAAAUUAAGAACCACCGCAGGCAUCACGGCCAGCCCCAGUACCACCAUCUCAGCCAGAGUGCACACAACCCCCAACGCUACCACCACCAGCACCUCUCCUCCUCAGACUGAAGGCACUACCACCAUCACCCCACCCACAUCAACAGUGCCCACGCCAGCCACCACCACUAUACGCAUCUUCAAUACCACAGACAACUGUGUGGUGGAGCACUGUGCCUGGACACAGUGGUUUAAUGUGGACUCCCCUACUCCAGGCAGCGAAAAUGGAGAUUUAGAGACAUUUGAAAACAUCCGAGCUGCUGGGCAUGAGUUGUGUGACAAGCCACAAGACAUCAAGUGCCGAGCUAAAGACUACCCUGACCGAAUUGUGAAAAUAAUGGGACAGAUAUUUGACUGUAGUCUUGACAGGGGGCUUGUGUGCCGAAAUAAGGAUCAGACUCUCAAGUACCCCACAUGCUUUGACUAUGAGGUCUCAGUGCUGUGCUGUGCCCAAAAACACUGCCAGACAACAGUACCACUACCAGGAACCACUGUAAGAACCUCCACAACAUACUUCCCAGCAGAAACAACCACAACAGCAACACAACCUGCAGCAACACCUGCUGUCCCCACACUUCCACAGCAAGAAAUAACAACCACCGUAGGAACAACAAGUACCCUCUCAACACAAGGAACGACCAUUGUCACCCCAGGAUACACAGAGACUAUAAAAAUAAAAACCACCAUUGACACUACAGCUGUCCCCAGUACCACGGCCUCAGCCAGAGAGGGCACAACCCCCAUCACUACCACCAUCACCACCUCUCCUCCUCAGACUGAAGGCACUACCACCAUCACCCCACCCACAACAACAGUGCCCACUCCUGCCACCAGCAUUGCCAGCACCUCCAGGACAACUGCAGGAGGCACCACAAGAACCUCUGCCUCCUCUGCUCCAGGAGAAAUCUCCACUGUGGCAACCAAGGCUCCAACAUCUCCCACAGCUCCCUCUGAAGUUAAAAUAAGAACCACCAUAGGCACCACGGCCAGUCCCAGCACCACAGCCUCAACCAGAGAGGGUACAACUCCCAUUGCUACCACCACUAGCACUUCCUCCACUUCACCUGAAAUAAGAUUAAUAACCACUUCUGGCCCCUCAGCUGUGCUCACUACCACUCUUCCUCAGUCUGGAAGUACCACAGUAGCUUCAGCUGGUACAUCGCAAUCAAAUCAUGUUAUAACAAGCACUCCUGCAACCUUCAGUUCUUCCACCAGCACAUCCGUUACAUCCAGCAAAAUACCUCCAUGCUUUUGUCAUGUGUUUGAAACUUUAUUUUCUCCUGGGGAAGUGGUAUACAACAGAACAGAUAGAGCUGGCUGUAAUUUUUAUGCACUUUGCAGUAAGGAAUGUGAGAUUGAGCCCUUCUACGGGCCAUGUCCUCUGACAACUCCUGUUCCUUCAGUUGCCUCCUCAAGUACAUCACAAGCUGCCUCACCAACCACAGCAACAACCACCGCAACUUCAGUAGAAAGAAACUGCACUGAUGUAAUUCCUGCACGAAAGCCUGGAGAGGAGUGGAUAAAUGAAUGCCAGAAGUGUGUCUGUGACUUCCUCACUGCUACUGUGCAAUGCCAGCCGCUCCCAUGCCAAACAGCUCAGCAAACAAUUUGUGACCUAGGAUUUGUUUCCAUGGCUGUACUACCACAAAAAGACCCAUGUUGUCCUGAAUUUGAAUGCCAACCAAUACCUGAUGUCUGUGUGAUUAAUGGAACAUUGUACACGGUUGGAAAGUCAGUAGUAAUCAAUUCAUGUAAGAAGUGUACCUGCAGUUCUGAGAAGGAUCCAGAGACUAAUGCAAACAUCAUGCAUUGUGAAACAGUUCAGUGUGAGACGUCUUGUCCACUGGGUUACCAAUACAUGACUGAGGAAGGAGAGUGCUGCGGGAAGUGUAUUGAAGUAGCUUGCAAAGUCAAACUCCGUAACAGCACUGUUCAUGUGCUCAAUGUUAAUGAGAUCCUGCCACUCGAUCAGUGCAGUCACUACAAAUGUGAAAAAAUUGAAGAUCAGUUUGUUGCAGUCCAAACUAAAAAAGUAUGCCCUGACUAUGACCCCGAAGAGUGCGAUCCUGACGAAGCAGAGAUUACAUCUGAUGGCUGCUGCAAAAUAUGUAAACCUAAAAACUGCAAGCCUUACACCAAGGAAACUGUGAUCCGCCAUGCGGACUGUGAGUCUUCUGAACCUGUUGAGCUGUCAUAUUGUGAAGGAACUUGUCCUGGCUCCUCAAUGUACUCUCUUGAAGCAAACCAGAUGGAACACGAAUGUGGUUGCUGCCAGGAACUCAGGACCCAAACAAGAGAGAUGACCCUGACUUGCCAAAAUGGAACCAGCAUAAAUUAUACCUAUGUCUACGUGGAAAAUUGUCAGUGUGUGAAUGCUUGCUCUUCAGAAACCACUGCAGCACCUGACUCCCAAUUCCAACAAUCUAGAAAAUAUGGCUCCCAAUUGCAACAGGCUGUAUCACUUGGUUCCCAAUGGCAACUCAGCUGAGGAUAUGAUCACAGGAAGAAGAAAGUGGAGACCCUAGGGAAGCUGGAAUUGUGUCUUCCCCAUAUAACUCCCUCAAUAACUUGUGCUCCUUCUUUAACAUUCUUUUUUCAUGUCUUACUUGUAAAAAUAAUUUAAAAAAAAGGUCGAUUAAAUUGCAGUG